AUGGUUUCAACCGGAAGUACUUUUACCACCAAGCUAAUUUCGCUAAUAAGCCAUGGUCAAGAGUUAACCAGCAUUUUUUUCUACGCUCCUGCGGAAGAAAAAUGCCAAUUGGAGGAAACACUAUUUUCCACCACUUGGAACCUCCCAUUGGUGAUUUGGCGAUCCGGCAAAGCUGUGAUCCUAAAUGGAUUUCUUGGUGAAGGACUUUUAGUUUUGGCCUGCAUUCCUGGAUUUCAUUGGAGACCUUUUCUGGGAAGUCUGUCAAGGAGUUUAAAAUACCUUAGACAGGCCAGAGUUCUCAUCGAACUCAUGGAUGACAGGGAUGAAUAUUUAGUGGACCAAGUUCUGCAGUUUUCUCUAAGUCAAGAAAUGAUUAAUGUCAAUGCUAUUUUUCCCGAUUUUGAGGAGACUCAAAUUGUGAGCAGAUUUGAGGCCUUCCCCCAGUUCGAAAUGGUGAAUUACACUUUUACAGACCUCACUCAAGUUAGUGAUCUCUAUCCCAAUAAGAUGUUGGAUCUUCGUGAAGGUUGGAUUCGUACAAUGCCGGACUACUCUGAGCCAAAUACUAUUCUAUACCAGGACAAUGAGGGGAACAAACAGAUCCUGGGAUAUGUUUGGGAUCUAAUGGAAAACUAUGCCCACAAGCUCAAUGCAAAACUUCAAGUGGUGAAUAAAUAUACGGAUGAUCGACCCCUCAACUUCAUAGAGCUGCUGGAUGUGGCUGAAAACGGCAUUAUAGAUGUGGCUGCCAGCAUUCAGCCAAUGUCGAUGGCUUUCCUGGAUCGCUAUCACUCUGUAUCCUAUCCGUUGAGUCAAGCCAGUUGGUGCACCAUGCUGCCAGUGGAGAGGCAGUUGGAUGUUUCCGAGUUGCUGACGCGGGUGUUGCCCUAUCCAACCAUUAUUCUUCUGAUUUUUCUCUGGAUUUGUUACGAACUGCUCCGUGGACGUUGGCGAAUGCAUCUUAGGCUUCAGAGGAUUGGUUGGCUGGUGUUGACCACUCUGGUCACUGCUAAUUACCUGGGAAAACUGCUGUACCUCUUUACUGAUCCUCCAUCUUUGCCCCCAAUCGACAGUCUGGCAGCACUAAUCGAUUCUCCAGUACGCAUUAUCUCCAUUCGAUCGGAAUACAACUCAAUUGAGUUCACCCAGCGCACAAAGUACUCCGCAGCAUUCAGGUUGACUUUAUCGACUGCGGAAUUGAUAGGAAUGCGAAAUGCGCUGAAUACCUCAUUUGGUUAUACAGUGACCAGUGCGAAGUGGAAAAUCUAUGAGGAGCAGCAAAAGCGGAGUGCGAGGCCUCUAUUUCGGUAUUCCAAGGAUCUCUGUUUCUUCGAGAUGGCUCUCUUUGGCUUGGUCAUUCCGGAAAUCCCCCAUCGAACUCAUCUUCAUAGGUUCAUAUUGCUACUUUCUCAGUCUGGCUUGCAUGAUUUGUGGGUUUCUAGAGGUUUUUCUUAUAUGGUUAAAGCGGGUAAAAUCCACUUCUCCGGAUUCAGAGAUCCUUAUCAAGCGCACACCCUUAACUGUACGGAUCUAAGACACGUCUUUGUUCUUUUUGCUUCCGGAAUGCUAAUUAGCUUGUUUCUGUUUGCCUUCGAGCUGGCUGUCAGUUGGGUGAACUAUUGGCUGGGCUUUUAA